AUGCUUUUACGAGGUGUGCUAGCCUCGCUUCCUCUCUCUCAUCCUCUGGACCAUCAUGCUGCAUUUGUAUCCUCAUCCACCAACUCCUCUGUACUUUGCCAGGGAUUGUUGGAACCUUCUUUCUUCAAGGAUUAUUCACAUAAUCUUGUGUUGAAUUCUAAUGCUUCAUCACCAACAACUAGUAAGAGCAGUCAUGGUAAUCAAAUGAAGGGAUUUGUUUCAUCCAUCGCUCGAGCUCACAAAAAACAUUCACAACAACACUCGCUGGAUCAUCAUCAUCGCUCUCAGGUCCAUCUUCGCUUGCGUCGUCGCAGGCACCAUCGUCAUCAAGAAUUUCCAACCACUUCGGUCGCAGUGGUGAAUUUGACGAAUAUUCUCCACAAUGUUGAAAAUAUAUUGAAGUUGGCAAGAGAGCACAAUUCUCAAGUAAAAAUUAUGCCAGUAGUGAAAGCAAAUGCUUACGGACAUGGUGAUGUGCCCAUUGUCAAAGAAUUAUUGAAAGAAAUGAAUAUUCAUCGAUUUGCUGUGAAUCGUGUGUUGGAAGGUGUGAAAAUUAGAAAAGCUUUACAAAAAGAAAAUUUUAAUGACGUCGACAUUCUGGUGUUGGGAUAUGCAAUUCCAACCGAAGUUAAAAAUUGUGUCACUUUUGAUUUAACACCAACUAUAUCUGGAGAUCCAUUAAUUAUUGAAACAUUAUUUGAUGAAUGUGUGAAGCAAGAUAAGAAAAUUAAGGUUCAUGUCAAGAUUGAUACUGGAAUGGGACGGUUUGGGCUAUUACCAAACAAGGUUGAAUCCUUUUUACAUUGGUUUACGAAUAAUCCUCGUAAUUUUCCAUCUCGUAUUAUUCUUGAAGGAGUUUUCACACAUUUUUCAAGUGCUGAUGAAAAAUCCAAAGAUUACACUCAAUAUCAAUUCGACAAAUUUAUUGAAAUGAGAAAACUUAUUGAAACAAUUCUUGAGGAAAAUCCCAACAAGUUGCAACACUCGAAUGAAAUAAUCUAUCAUUGUUGCAAUAGUGCUGCAACUUUAUUCUAUCCAGAAAUGCAUUUGGAUAUGGUGAGACCUGGAGUUUCAAUAUAUGGUCUCUCUCCAAGUAAUAUUACCAAUGAUGAGCGAUUGCCAUUUCAAUUACGACCUGCACUCUCUUUAAUUUCACAUGUUGCCAGAGUUGAAAAGCUUCCACACAAAUCCACGGUUUCCUAUGGAAAUACCUAUGUGGUUGAAAAUGAAUAUGAAACAUUGGCAUUAAUUCCAGUUGGAUAUGGGGAUGGAUACAAGAGAAUUAAUUCUCAUAAAUCUCAUGUCCUAAUUGGAGGUGUAGAAUGUCCGGUCGUUGGGAGAGUGUGCAUGGAUCAGUUCGUAGUAAGAAUUCCAGAUGAAAUCGCAGAUCAGGUCAAAGUGAAUGAUCAAGUUGUACUUUUAGGAAAGCAAGGUGACAAAGAAUUGACAUGUGAAAAAUUGUCUGAAUGGUCUCAUACAAUUAAUUACGAAAUUGUCACUGCUUUAUUACCUAGAUUAAAGAGAAUAUAUGUUAAAUAA